GCAGCGUUUUUUAAGCGGCACAAGAAUACGAGCGCGAUUGUGAUGAGACCUUCGUCGUCGGUUGAUUUCUGAGAAAAACCAGUGACUUUUCGCAAAAUGAGUUCGCCGGUUAGGGAGAUAGAGGUGAGCGUCGUGUCCAGUCCGGAGUCCAGCAGGAACGCCACCCCGGAACCGGAAAACUUCCGGCUGAUCAAUCAGUUGGCCACGUCGAACAUCACGUGUUUCCCGGUGAUCAAAAGUGGCGAGAUCGAGAAGACUGACGAGAGGGAGGGCCUGAAGGGCAAUCAGAAGAGCUCCAGCGGGUCUACGAACUUCUCCAUCAGCAGCAUUUUGUCGAGGACCGAGCCGACGCUGAAGAAAAACGGUUUUUUUCCGGGGAUUGACAGGGGGCUAACCUCUGACAGCGAUGCCAACAUGUUGUCCAGGUUGGGUCUUAUGUCACAUUUUGGUGCUUUGGCAGCAGCAAGUAGUAGAUAUGCCGCUCUUUGUGGAAAUCCUGGAGGAGACCCUAGAACGUUACCAUGGUAUUGGGGACGUUUACCAUCGCAGAUACAAGAGAAAUGCAGUUCUAAUGGAGGAUCAAUCAACGACGAACAAACUCCACCCACAUCCCCCAGAAGAGAAGAAGAAAACGCCAGAAUCAACCUGGAAACAAGUAGAUCACCCAGACCAUCCACACCAUCAGAAAACCAUAGAUCCCCCACAUCUAGUCCGCACAACAUCAUGACAAACCCUCACCCAGCCUUCCUCGACCAGAACUAUGUAAAUAUGAGAUCGAAAAGUCCCUACAGAGAGAACGACAACAUGACCAUCGACGAGGAAAUGGAAGAAGACGAAAGCGAUUACGACAACGACAAAGAAAAGAAAGUUCAAAACGCCAGUCUGAGCCCCGGUGGUUCGCUGGCCAACAAGAGAAAGAAGAAGACGCGUACGGUCUUCUCCAGGUCACAAGUGUUUCAACUGGAAUCUACUUUCGACAUGAAACGAUACCUCUCGUCCUCGGAAAGAGCAGGUCUGGCUGCCAGCCUACACCUGACAGAGACCCAGGUGAAAAUUUGGUUCCAGAACCGAAGGAAUAAGUGGAAAAGACAGCUUGCAGCGGAGCUGGAAGCUGCGAAUAUGGCUCACGCUGCCCAGAGACUAGUCAGGGUCCCAAUUCUCUACCACGAAUCCGCGAAUUCCUCGAUAAGACACCCCUUCGACCAAACGCACCCCUUAUCGCUUCAUCAUCCCCUGGAUCCAUCCAGGGAAGGUGGGAGCUCUGGGUCCACGUCUGUAGGAAACCCAUCUGGGUAUCCUAGUUCGUUAUAUUACCAUCACCAAGCAGUUGCUGCUGCAGUGCACAAUUUGCCAUCUAGUCCUGUCAGACCGCCCAUGUCUGGUCUGGUUUGAAGAUAUCCUACGUGAAUUUUCGGGUUUCUGUGCAAAAAACUAUCUCGAGGUGUUCAUGAGAAGAGACAAAGUUUUUGGAGCUUCAUUUGGACGUUCGAAAAACUUGAGUGUGCAUAUUAUUAUAGACUCGAAUUUUGUAAAUAGUGCAUAUUUGUAUUUAUAUAUUUAUUCAAAUUGUAUGUAGUUAAUUGUAAAUAGAGGCAUAACUUUGAAUUGCUACCGCAGUUACCUUCAAGCCAAAAACUAAUUUAGGUAUAUAUGUUCGUUGUGUAAUUAGUAGCAGACUGUUGUUGUUACAGUAAAUAAAUGGUAUUUGAUGAAAACAUUCUUUAUUGAUAUCUAAAGGAUUUACUCCUCUUUUUACUAGGUUGGAGUCUCUUUCAGUGAAGUGUAAG